GAUGAGCUGACGCGCGAGCUCAAGCACACGGGCGCGGGCAUCCUCGCCAUGGCCAACUCUGGGCGCAACACCAACGGCUCGCAGUUCUACGUGACCCUCGCGCCCUGCCCGCACCUCGACGGCAAGCACACCAUCUUUGGGCGCAUCUCGGGCGGCAUGGCGACCAUCCGCCGACUCGGCCUCGCGCGGACCGACUCCAACGACAAGCCGGUGGACGACCUCAAAAUCCUGCGCGCG